AUGCCACGACUGUCAGAUGAAGAUGACGGCGUCGAGAAACCAACUCCUGACAUUCUUUCCCUUCCGGCAGACGUCUUUCUCCUAGUUACCGACGCUAUUCUUGAGGCCGAGACCCUUGAUACGAAUCAGGGUGUGGGGAAAGGCCUUACUAUAUAUGACCACAUCAAAUUCUUUGGCAAAGGUGAAUUUUGGUGGCAGUCAUUGGAUCAGGUGGAGUUGAAUUGGGGCGCGUUCGAUAGAUGGAGAGAUCUAGCACGCUUCGGAGCGACUUGCAAGACGCUCUAUUCGAUGGUGACCCCCAUAUUGUAUCGAUCUGAUACAAAGUACAACUACUCCUCUGCAUUGAUUAUAUCUGCAAGGAAGGGCGUACUUAGUGGAGUUCUUAGGUCCCUGGAGUACGGAAAGGCCGACACGAACAUGGAUGAUCACACUCUCUUCUUCCACUGGGCUCGGUAUGGUAUGUUUGGGGUCACAAAAUGGGAAUUUGUCGCCGACAAGCAUACACAUAGUCUAGUGCCUCUGUUCGGAGCGAAUGCGCUCUUUUUAGCGCUCAAGGCAACUCAGUACAACUGUGACUGUUCCGGAUGCACGAAAUGGGCCUUCAUGGAAGGUCUUAAAGGUAUCAAGGAAGAUGCUAUUACGCAUGAUGUAAAGGCUGUUAUGAAAGGUUCCCAUACAUGGGAUAUCGACACGUGCGACGAGGAGAAACCAGCAUGUUCACGGUGCCGACGCCUCAAGUACGUCUGCCCCGGCUACCCAGACCAGUGGACCCUAGUACAUCGCCAGCAGGACACACACGCCAAGGAGCAUGUUCGAAAUAGAGUCGAGAGGGCUCAGAGGCGUCGAGCUGAGGCUGGUGGAGGUCAGCUCCAAGGGAGAAACAUCACUUCACCGUCGCCGGCCUGGACGCCAUUUGUCGGCCCUGAGACGCCGAGUGUCUACAAAUUCUUCACUGACUACACCUCGAGGUCUGGCAUUGAUUACCUCACAUCUUUGAAAGACUGCUAUGCAUUGCAGCCUGCUUCGUGUCUUGCCAACGCCAUUCACGCCGCAGCGCUGGCCAGCGUGGCCCGCCAGCGCUCCGAAGUCGGGCUAAUGGAUCGCGCGCGGUUGAGGUAUGGAAAGACGAUCCGCGAAGUGAAUAGGGUGAUCCAGGAUGAUGUCUUGACUCUGCAGGUCAUCGCGGCAGAGUUUGCUCCGGACCUAAACCCGACUUCUGAGCCGGGGUGUCAUCCCCAUGCUCGUGGGGCGCUGACGUUUUUUCGCUAUCGAGCGCAGUACCGGCUGAGCAACGCGCUGGAUCGCACUCUACUUGUGAUAUUCCAGCAUCUCAGGCUGGCAGACCUCUUCACGACAUCUUACAUGAUCCCUCCCCUCUGGUUCGAACUUGAAGCGUUCAUCAACUCUCUUGGCCGGGGUUCUUUGCUGGAUCCCUUGGUUCGACGAGCCGUGAACAUUAAGAUCCGUUUCAUGUCCGCAACAUUAGGGCAAGCCUCUGAUUCUCUCGCAGAUUUUGUCAGAUCCGGCGUUUUGGUGGCUCAAGACCUUCAAGAUGCUGCCAACAACAUAACCUUCGACCCCAAGUUCGAUGGUCCGCCGCCCGCCGUGUUCAAUGCACUCAUUAGCAUCUCGAGCGUCACCCACGCCGCUGUCGCAAAAUGCCUCUAUUUGACAGUCCGACUACACAUAUUUGAAAUAAUCUCAAAAGCAACCAGUGACCCAUUGGACGACAUGAGCAUGCAUCUCGGCCAGCAGCUGUUAAGCAUGCCAGCUGCUGCACCUUCUCCGGUGAAUGAACUAGGCAAGGCACUCGGCUGUGAUGGGGGCUCGACCCAGAACAGCCCAGGCGUGGGCAUGCUAGUCUUUUCACUCCUCUGGCCGAUGACGGCCAUGCUUCAGUCUAACCUGGUUGACGAGUACAGCAAAGGCUGGGUCGCGUGGAGGCUUCGGGAGCUCGGCGCCGCCUGUGGAUUUGGUCUCGCGGAAACUAUCGUCUCACAGAUGCCUAGUGGCGACCAAAUCGAACCAGCUAUAUAA